CCAAUUCAGUUGGCCAACACAAUUAGUGAUCGAGCUGUCAGCAUGCUGAUCACUGUGUGGAUGCGUGCCUGUCAUGCAUGCUUCCCAAGGCCCUCUGCCUGGGCUAGUCUGGCGGAGGCGGUGCGUUCAUGGAGGCAUCGUGAGCAGCUUAUUGGUCACUGGGUCAGUUUGAUCACCGGGCUGACGGGCCAGCUGUGCGCCAAUCUCCAUUUGGCCGGAGGUCCACAGCAGCAAGCAGCCAUGCCAUGGAGUCCCUGUCUACCAGGCAUGUGA